GGCGGAGAAAAGAAAGGCGCUUCUGCAAAGUCUCCGGAUUUACCGCCGGUGGCCUGGCUGCUUUUGAGCAAUGCGUGCAAUGCAACGGUUGCACGCGGCAAACAGCUUGUUUUGCGUGGCGAAGCCAGGCCAGGCAGCGCGCGGGGCUCGCGCGGAGAUCCGCCUUCCAGCUCCCGGUCCUCCUUAAGCCGCAGCCGGGCUGCACCGCCUUCCUGCCGCCCUCCUCCGGCGCGCCCCGCGGACAGCCAUGGCUCUGGGGCGCGCUGUUGGCUGCGCGGCCAGGCGCUUCUCGGCAGCGCCCGCCAAGGAGUGGCUGACAGAGGAUUUCCUCAAUUCCCUCAGAGCGAUUGUGGGGAGCCCCAAUGUGUCCACAGCCACCGUUGUCCGUGAGCAACAUGGGCAGGACGAGUCUAUGCACAGGAACUGCCCCCCGGAUGCCGUGGUCUGGCCCCAGAGUGUGGAGCAGGUCAGCUUGCUGGCAGCGACGUGCUACAGCCGAGGGGUUCCCAUCAUCCCCUUCGGGACGGGCACAGGCCUCGAAGGCGGGGUCACCGCCGUGCAGGGAGGUGUGUGUGUCAACCUGACGAAAAUGGACCAAAUUUCUGAACUUAACCCUGAAGAUUUCACGGUUGCUGUAGAGGCAGGAGUGACGCGGAAGGCGCUGAACAAAUACUUGCGAGGGAACGGCCUCUGGUUCCCUGUUGACCCCGGAGCCGAUGCCUCGCUCUGUGGCAUGGUGGCCACUGCAGCCUCCGGGACAAACGCGGUGCGUUACGGCACCAUGCGCCAGAAUGUCCUCAACUUACAAGUGGUCCUGCCAGAUGGGAGAAUCCUGCACACAGCUGGGCAGAAUCGGCGGCCCAGGAAAAGUGCUGCUGGAUACCACCUAACGGGGCUGUUUGUAGGCUCAGAGGGGACCCUGGGGUUCAUCACCCAGGCCACGCUGAGACUGCAUGGUAUUCCUGAAGCCUCCAUGGCGGCCAUCUGUGCCUUCCCCAGCAUCCAAGCAGCUGUGGACAGCACAGUACAGGUUCUCCAAGCCGGGCUCCCCAUUGCCCGCAUUGAGUUCCUGGAUGAGGUGAUGAUGGGCGCCUGUAACCGCUACAGUGGCCUGAGCUAUGCAGAACUGCCCACCCUCUUCCUGGAGUUCCACGGCACUCAGCAGAGUGUGGAGGAGCAAGUAGGGGCCACAGAGGCGAUUGUGCAGUCCAACGGGGGCUCGGACUUUGCGUGGGCCCGGGAGCCGGAGGCCCGUGGGCGGCUCUGGGCGGCUCGACACAAUGCCUGGUAUGCAGCUUUGGCUCUUCGUCCUGGCAAGAAGGGCUACUCCACAGAUGUGUGUGUCCCCCUCUCAUGCCUCCCUGAGGUCCUGCUAGAAACCAAGAAAGACUUGCUGGACUCCAACCUUACAGGUCCUCUUGUUGGCCACGUUGGGGACGGCAACUUUCACUGCUUGCUGAUUCUUGAUCCCGAAGACAUUGAAGAAAAGGAGAGGGCGGCUGAGUUUGCCAAACGCCUGGGCAGGAGAGCCUUGGCAGUGGGUGGCACCUGCACAGGGGAGCAUGGCAUCGGCCUGGGCAAACGUCAGCUUUUGCGCGAGGAAGUAGGGGAAGUGGCCCUCUCCACCAUGUGGCAGAUCAAGAUGGCCUUGGAUCCCAAAAACCUCAUGAACCCUGGAAAGGUGCUCUAACCACAGGAAGGCUUGGCUGGGAGACGCUCCUGAAUUUGCUUUCCUUGCCGAGAUGUCCGGAGUGAGGCGUCUUCGCUUUAAUCUCCUCUCUCCAGCAGGGUCAGAAAUACAACGAUUAACCAAAGUCAGGUGUUGUGGUUGUUCUCCAGAAGUGCCUACAGCAAAGACCUCAUACUAAACUAUGAUUAAUUCUAGUCUGCUGAAAAAACCACAGUUGGCUGGAUACCCAGGACAUGAUAACUCAAAGCGAAGAAAGUGGUUUAGCAAAAUCUGAAAACUCUCUAAACCUGUGUUUCCCACCCUUGGCGACUUUAAGGUGCAUGGACUUCAGGUCCCAGAAUUCCCCAGCCGGCAUGCUUUAAGAAUCAUGGACUUCAACUCCCAGAAUUCUUCAGCUGACAUGCUUUUAAGAUGCAUAGACUUCAACUCCCAGAAUUCCCCAGUCAACUGUGCUGGCUGGGGAAUUCUGGGAGUUAAAGUUCACGCAUCUUAAAGUUGACAGGAAACACUGCCUUAAACACGACAGCCACCAGUCAGCUUCCUUUGGAUUUUUACACAGUUGAAAAGGAUGAUGUAAUGUUGGCAGCCAUGCCCAAUAAGAACAGUAAGCAUACAUAACUUGGCAAUUGUCCAAAUUUGUUUUACAAGUCUAUAUUAAAAUUAAUGCUGUGUGUUUGUGUGGCAA